AUGCGGAGAUACUUGCACUCAGUCUUUAAAAGAGGCACUACUGCGAAAGGUGGAGAUGGCCAGUUUCCAUCACAGCAACUCUUCGUGCUAGCACUGUGUCGAAUAUGUGAGCCUAUUGCUUUCAUGUCGGUGUUCCCUUACGUUUAUUACAUGGUUGCUUCGUUCAAGGUCACCGACGAUGAUCGCAAGAUUGCUUUGUAUGCUGGCGCAGUAACUUCAGCCUUUACCUUUGCUGAAUUCUCAACUGGUGUUUUCUGGGGCCGAAUGAGUGACAAUUUCGGUAGAAAGCCUGUCUUGAUCUUCGGCCUGGUUGGAACCGCCAUUAGCAUGGUCGCAUUUGGAUUUUCACCGAAUCUCCCAGCUGCCCUAAUUGCUCGUGCUCUCGGAGGCCUUCUCAACGGUAAUAUAGGCGUCCUACAAACGACGGUUGCGGAGCUUGUCACAGAUAAGAAACAUCAACCACGAGCUUACUCCAUCAUGCCUUUUGUUUGGUGUCUUGGGUCGAUUGUUGGACCGAUAAUGGGUGGAGCUUUGGCCCAACCGUGCGAUCAUUACCCACAGUUCUUUCUCCGUAAUACGGUAUUUGACCGGUAUCCGUUUCUGCUUCCUAACUUGGUGUGCGUUGUUAUUCUAUGCUUUGGAAUUACCAUUGGUAUUCUAUUCUUGCAAGAAACCCAUUCGGAGAAGAAGUUCAACCGCGACAGAGGUAUUGAGCUAGGGAGCUGGCUUCUUCAUUUAUUCUGCGAUAGACUAGCCCCAACUAAAUUAACCGAAGAGACAUAUAAAUCUCCAAUUCAGUACGAUGAAAUCCAGUUUCUAGACAACCAACCACCUCCACCUGGAGAUCGAAACACGGAACACUCUCCUCCCUUGUCCUCCGGUAUAGUCCCACCGGUGCCUACCCGAGAAAAUUGUAAUCUCAGCCAGUCAUCAAAACAGAGCCAUUGUUUUUCUAAAGCAUUUACGCCAAAGAUUGUUUUUAUCAUCUUGAGUUAUGGGAUACUCGCCUACCAUAGUGUCUCAUUUGAUCAGCUAAUGCCAAUUUUCUUGAGCACACCAGUCUCAGACGUCAAAGCUGAGCCUCCUUUCAAAUUUACCGGGGGGAUGGCUCUGUCAACAAAGAAAAUUGGCUUCAUGCUUGCAGUUCAAGGAAUUUAUUCAAUGGUGGCACAACUUUGGUUUUUCCCCUAUGUUGUAAGCCAUUUCGGACCCCUCUCGGCCUACCGUAUUGUCCUCUGCAUAUGGCCGGCUCUCUAUUUGGUUGUUCCAUACCUGGUAUUGCUUUCUAGCUCCCUUCAGAUAUCCGCCGUUUAUGCGGCAUUGGUUGCCAAGAUAACGCUGCAUGUUAUUGCCUUUCCUUCACUGAACAUCUUACUCGCUAACUCCGCCUCCUCUACAAUGGUGCUGGGUUCGAUCAAUGGCGUUGCAGCCUCCACUGCAAGUCUAAGCCGUGCUUUUGGGCCGACUGUGACAGGCUACCUACAUUCCAAGGGACUUGCAUGGGGAUACUCGGGCCUCGCUUGGUGGGCUUGCGGCAUCGUUAGUUUAUUAGGAGCCGUUGAAAGCUUUUGGAUCGAGGAGGACGACCAAAAAGAGGUCAUUGGUUCGGAAAAGACCUGCAUAGCUGAGUGCGAAGAAGGUUGCUAUGACGAACAACAUGGAUUCCUCCGAAGAGAUAGUUCUGAGGAACAGUUAACAUCUCUUCUCUCUCAAUCCCCCCCGACAACGCCAACCAACCAGGGAACACAUAAUACCCGCACAAUCGAACUUUGA